ACGCUAUGAGCACAGCGGCAAGACCGGCUGUCCAAAAAAUGUGUAAUUACAGAGGAAACGAAUCACAACUUUACAGGUUCAACGUAUCUUACAUCAACUUUUUAUUUGCUGAAGUCAAGCAAUUUGUCAAGGAUUGGAGAGAUCUUCUCGAAAGAGGUGGUUCAGUGGCGGAAUUCAUGAAGAUGACAAUCAUAUGGUUACUUUACAACGGGACUCUGGCCGUCGGUGUAUUCUUUACGCCGAUCGUUACCGCAGCUUCCGCGUACGCUUCUGUCAUCAAGCAAACUAGUCAGGAUGACAGCGUUACCAAUACAACAAACAGCAACAUACAAAUCCUUUGGCACACAAACCAUGGUGAAUGCAUCAGUUCAGAUUCUUCACUUUACCAUCAAGCAACUUCAGGAAUGGUACUGAACAUAUGGAUGGUUGGUGUGUUCGGCGUGCUUACUACGGUUUUGAUCUUUGCGUCAAUCCUAGUGGGGCACAAAGUAAAGAAGAGCUCUAUGUUUCCUCCACAACUCCACGACCUAUUGCUAGUGUCGCCUGUAACAGGAUAUAGGGAUGCUGCGCCUCGAUUUGGAACGAAGAGCGCUCUUUUUGUUGAGAAUAUAGAUGGCGGGCCAUUUAUCACUGUAGACCAAAAAAUCGUGGUAGCUGUAGACAGGGAUCAAGCAAGAACGCUCUGUGACUUUAUGACUUGUAUAGCCGACAGUAAUUGGUCGGACCAGCUAAUUUCAGAAAAGCUAUUAGCUAUUUACAAAGCUGGCGGUGAAUACCAGUGGUAACAUAUGCACCUUUUU